GGCGACCCACUGACAAGCUGGUGGUGGUGCCGCGGGAGCCGGUGGUGCAGUACGGGGGCUCGGCGAACUGCUCCCUGGCGUGCGCGGAGGGCACGGUGCAGUGGAAGGGGCUGGACACCAACCUGGAGACCAUCAUCACCUUCCCCACUUACAGCAUCCUGCACAUCACCAGCGCCGUGGUCACCACAGGGGGCACCAAGAUCUGCCAUGGGACCUGCGAUGGGCAGCACUACCAGCACAGUGUCAACCUGAAUGUCUACGCCCUCCCAGAUACGCUGCAGCUGGAGGUGGAACCCCACGCACUGGAGCCUCCUGCCAGCCUGCGCUGCUCGGCCCGGCAGGUGUACCCGCUCAAGGGGCUGGAGUUGACCUGGUACCGGGGGGACCAAGAGCUGGCGCUUAAAGACUAUGAUGACACGGAGACCGAGGAGCAGCUGUUUGACAUCGUGUCCACGCUGCCGGUGGAUGGGAAGGAGGUGGUAGAAGGGGUGGAGUUCAGGUGCAAGGUGACGCUGAACAUCGGGCAGGAGACCUUCACCCGGGUGGCAUCUGUGACCGUGAGCACUGCGGCGGCGAAGGAGACAGGGCUGUCUGUGGGGACAGCACCCACCUGCAGCCUGCAGAUCUGGUCACUGCCUCCCAACGGGACGCGGGGCAGGGCCCUGCGCAUCGAGUGCCGCGCGCAGUAUUCUUUCAGCACAGUCCCUGCCAUCGCCGUGGGGACAACGGUCUCGCUGUUGGGGCUGAUCAUGAGUGGCAUCAUGUCUCGUCGCCUGUGGAAACGAUUCAGAUCUCAGUACAAGCUGCCCUAG